UUACCUUUCAAUCUUCAUAACACCUACAGGCCACGACCUAAAUUUCCUCACUCCAUCAAAACCAAGAAAGGACUGAGAAAACUCUACAAUUCCAAAGUCGUCAACGUUCAAAGGUUCAAGCGGCCCCUGAAGGGAUUCCUUGGUUAUCUUGGAAUCAAGCACUCGGGAGUUGUGGUCACAACCCAAUCAGGCAAAAAGUACUUGAUCCACAAGGGCAAAGACUACGGUAUCAGCAGCCAAACUGUUGUUGUUGACGCCAAGCACAUGAGCAAGAAGUGGAAACCCGCCAGCAAGGUCUUGCCGGUGAAGAAAGGAACGAAUAUCGGAAAGUUCGUGAAGGUCGGAGGCAAAUACUACAAUGUCUUUUGUAAUAACUGCCAUCAUGCCUCAAAUCGGAUGAAAAACCUAGGCUAGCACCGUUCAUUUCCAAUCAAACAUUGCGAAAAUUGCAUUUAAUMGAUUCAUGUUGUUAAAGGGGUAAAAAUUAACGWUAAAUUGUAGCAUUCACAAGKGCUAGACUAAAUGUAAACGGAUAAAAUUUAAAUAAAAAUUGACGAGCAUUCU